GACUUCCUAGUCAGGCUGCAUCGUCCAGCCACAUGCAGCCAUGCACAGUAAAUGGACGAUCGCAGCCGUCGUGGUCCUCUGCCUCGCCCCCAGCCUGGCAUCCCCCUGGCCUUCCCCCGGGCCCGCUGCCGCACCCUCCCCGGGGCCUGUCGCCCUGGCUCUCCCUCGCCCCAGCCCCGUCGCGGACGCCAGCCCUGCGCCCGAACCCUUUCUAGGAUUAUUCGGUGGGGGUGGACGGGCCGUGGGCGGGGGCGGGGGCGUAGGCGUGGUCGCGGCCGAGGUCGUGGCCGAGGAGGCGGAGGCCUUGGCUUUGGCCUCGGGAGACUUUUUGGUAGAGGCUGACAGGGUUUCGGACGCGCCUUCGAGAACGCGUUCCCGGGGUUGGCAAGACAUAAGGUUGUAUUUCAUGUUAAUAAACCACAAAGACGCUUCCUUCGGUCCGUUUUCAUAA